AUGGAUCAGGCACUACUGACAAGACGCGGGGCUCCUGGUGCUCGAAAUGAAGAUAGUACUAGUACUAGUAGUAGUCCACCCAUUGACUCUGCUGGUUCCGAUGUCCUUUUGGUGUUUGGAGGAACUGGUUUUGUGGGUUCCUCGGUCUUGACGGCUGCCUUGGAACAGCACGCUGCCAAAACGACAGCAACAACGUCGAAAAAGCUGGAGCUUCUCGUCAUUACGCGUACGGGCAAGGCACCCAAAUGGUAUGACAAAGAUCCCAGUCUGAGUCGCGCCAUUCACGAUGGUCAAUUGCAUUUCCUUGCGGGAGAUAUGCGCCAGUCGUCGUCUCCCGACACUGUGGCGCGGGCCAUUGUCCCGUGGACCAGCAAUGCCGCCAAUCACUUUUUGGGUGUCGUCUCCUGCAUUGGCUGUAUCACGCUUUGGAACAAUGACAAUAUGGUCGUCACCAAUGGACGAGCCAACAUUCAUGCCUACCAAAUCUGCUAUUCCUUGCCACAGCACUCUACUACUGCGAAUAGUAGUAAACCCAAAUUCUGUGUCAUUUCCAGAGAUCGCACCAACUGGAGUCAGGCUCUCUAUGCCAAUCUCAAUAUGCGCAGUUUCCCGGGCUACUAUGAAGGCAAACGCGUCAUGGACGAUUUUUUAGCGGAACAACACGACACGCGUGGAUACGCCGUUGCCUUGCAAGCGGGUUGUGUCAGUGGCGUGCGACAUACGGUACCCGAACUGCAAGGAUCGACACUGCCCUUUUGGAUCCCACUCAAUGUGUGCUGUCCCUACGAAUGUCCCCUCUGGUGUUGCUUCAAAGUGAUUAAUGUCGAGGAUUUGGGAAAUGCGGUUGUGAGAUUCAUCUUGUCCAAACAACCAUCUCCCGAAAUAUGGAUCAAAAAUGAUGACAUCAAGUCCUUUUUUCAGACAGAAUCGUAA